AUGGUAAAAGAUAUUCCUUUUGUUCAACGAUCUCUAAUCAGUGGUUUAUUAGAAAUCUAUCGUUCAAAUCGUUUUCUUGCUGUAGGCUCGUUUCUACUCAUUGCCUUUAUAUCAUCAGUCAUACCAUUAUCGAUUAUUUGGUUAAUACAAAUUCUUUUCUUGGAUAUUACUAUUAUUCCAAUAACAUCACCAUAUUUAAGUGCAUUAUUAACUAUAUGGUCAUCGAUUGAAGUCAUUUUUCUUAUUUAUCAAGCAUAUUUAUAUUCCAUAAUUCAGCGUAAACUUCCAACACCUUAUAUAUCACCAGCUGAACGUAAUCACAUUGUUGCUACUGUAUUAUCAAAUAUGAAAAAUCUUCGAAAUACAUUCAGUAAAUGGUUUAUAGAUUGUCCAUUUGAACAUAUUGAUCGUAAAAGUAUAAUUGAUUGGUUAGCAUUUGCUUUUUAUUCAAAAACAUUUCAAGAAUUAAAUGAAACUGAAUAUGAAGAAAUCAAUUCACUUAUUGACAAAAUUGAAACUGAUCAUCAGUUAACAAUUCCUCCAAAUAAAAUAAAUGAUAAAAUUUCUUAUAUGAAACAUGUUCUUGAUCCUGUUCGUAUUAUUUUUCGUCCAUUUAUUUUUUAUGCUGUUACUGAUACAUUAUUGAGUGAUAUUCUUGCAAGAAUUAUUUUUUGUUUACGAGGUUAUCAAUAUGUUAAAAAAGGUCAUUUAUCAUUUUGGACAUAUCAUGAUAAUACAAUGAAUGUAGAAGAUGAGAAGGAACCAAUAAUUUUUUUUCAUGGAAUUGGUGCUGGUCUUUUAAUGUAUCAACCAUUUAUUUCACGUAUGCAUAAACAAUUUUCUCGAUCUCAUCGUAUUAUUUUUAUAUCAAUGCGAUGUAUUUGUAUGCGUUACCCAUCAUUGAAAGAUAUUCCGAAUAUGUCUGAAACAAUUGAAUCAAUUGACUUAAUUUUUGAUUAUUAUAAAAUAAAAAAAGCAAUUUUUAUUGGACAUAGUUAUGGUACAGCUUGUUUAUCAUGGAUCGUUCAAAAACGCCCACAAAUUAUAUCACGUUUAAUUUUUAUUGAUCCAAUAUGUUUUGCACUAUUUGAACCUUAUGUUAUCUAUAAUUUUGUUUACCGUAUUCCAUACAAAUUAGGUCAUCUCUAUAUGUACUAUUUUGUUUGCCGUGAAUUAGGUAUAUCUUAUGUGAUCAGUCGUCAUUUUUGGUGGACACAAAAUAAUUUAUUUAUUGAACAAAUACCUUCACAGUCAAAUAAACGUCUACCUACAUAUGUAUUAUUAUCUGGACAAGACUGUAUUGUCAAUGUACAUUUAGUAAAAGAUUAUUUAAUCGAAAAUAACAUUGAUUAUUAUUGGGCACCCAAUCUUUCUCAUGGUGGUUAUAUGCAUGACAAAGAAAGUUGGGAACAUGUGUGUCAAUGGAUAUCAUGA